UUUUUUCAGGUGAAUGCUCCAUUUCGAUGACACUGUGUUCCUGGCGAUCUUGUGGACAGCAGCAGUGGCAAUGGAUCGAGUGGCAACACUGAAGAGAUCCGCGUCAAGAAAGGCCCGCGACGAGCGAGAAGAAGGCAAAAGAAUCAUCUCUCCAUUGAAGAAAGCCAAAGAGUUGCAUCCUGCGCAGAAACCAUGGGCGGACCAAGGGUCGACAAAUACGAUCGAUGACAUCGCUGAUGGACCGAGAAUCGAGGACGGCUUUGAUUUAUCGCUGCUGACCAUUUCUGGGAAGUCUCCUGUACGCAGCGUCCCACUCAAUUCUGCAGCAUCUGAGAUAGAAGAGAAACUGGCUCGAGAUACUGAGAUGAGCGCAUCCAGGGACAUGGGUUCGGAUGACGCCUGUAGUUCAGAUCCUCUUUGUGGAACCGAAAUCUGGAAUGCUGAGAAGUCAGCCGAAAGAUUUGCUCGACUGAGGCAAGAGAUACUUAGAAGAUACCACUCCCAUGAAAUAUUCAGAGGGGAAGCAGGUCAGGAAGGACCCCAUCCAAGAUCCUCGAGUUGGCCAAAAUUACGAAUGAAUCCGGAUUAUGAGCCUCGCAAACUGGACUUUGAGGAAGAGAAGAAAUCUCAUCAGACACGGAAAGGGGCGGCGGUGAAAAGUGUAGAUGUUCAACCUACUUUUGUAUUCACUGCCGGAAGCGAAUGGAGAAAUGCUAGAACAAGGUUGGGUUCUGAAGGUGAAAGUGGGAGAUCACGAUAUACAGAUGGAGCGAAUGAAAAGGGAGAAGCCGAGAGUUGUCCAAGAAACUUGAGACAAGAUACUCCUUACAAGGUGCGGAAAUCAUCAAGAUCAAGAAUCGUGGGAAAAUCUCCAUCUAAAUUCUUCCAAAGAAGAACGACUGAGUUUUUAAGAACUCCCACGAGGCUGGGUAGUAACAGUUUAGAAAAACUCUUGACAGCGGAGUCUCCUGGAAGAACACCAGAGAAGUCAAAUGAUUGCGUUCAGAUUCUACGUAAUAUACGGGCGUCUCAGAAAGCACAUGAAGAGGCUAGAAAGCUUGCACGACAGCACUCAGCGGCCGAGAGAGCUCGUUUGACAGCAGAAUUACAAAUGAUUGCUAGGGACUGUUCAAUUUCCAAUUGCAGCAGUCCUGCAAGAGAGUCGUGGGUUUCUGUGAAGAGUUUCUUGUCGAACCUUUUCUGCUGCGGAUGCAGCAUAUCCAACCGCAAAGCAGGUCGGGAGAGUCGGUUGGGGGAAGAUUCUGAGGAAGUUCCAAUUUCCGACAGAGCCGAACGACUUCAGGAUACUGCCAGAUUCGAGCCUCCAUACUGGCUGCAAAAUAAUAUUAAUCUUUUAGCUCUUCCGAAAUUCGACGUAAGGCAGACAUCUGAGUAUGAACACAAGAGGAGUGUGUCUUGUGAUUUCGAGGCAGAAAAAGCAAUGACGAAAAGGGAUUUGGAGAAGAAACAUUCCGACUGAGCUCGGUUUCGAGGUGAGAGGCAAGGUCUUAUCUGCCUAUUCCGAUUCUGUAUAUCAUGAAUUCUGGUUAUAAAAAGGUCAAGUCAGAUUCUCGGCACUCAAAUUUGAUAUAGAAAUCACCUUUGAUGCUUAAUGUCGUCGAGCUAGUAUCUUUUGAUUCAACUGUUCUUUUGGUACUUCGAGAGAGAAAUGCUUAUUCAGGUAUUCCAACCCGUAGGCAUGGAUAUAUGGGGCAAUGUGUACAUACAUCAAUCGUUCACAAUUACAUAUGUUUCUGGUCCUAUCUACAUGUGUACACAUCUGUUGAUUUAUUGAUAGAGUUGUGAGAUUAUACUCACAUGUUUUUUAAGUGCCCUCAAAUCAAACCCUCAAUUUAUAUAAAAGUCAAUACCAGAUUUAAGUAAAGCGAUCUGAAUCAAGACCAUCCUUCUUCUUUUCAGUAUCAACCUUACUUCUUUGCCUUGCCUGUAUCUCGUAAGUCAUAUCGUCAACUAUUUCCACUUUGAUGCUUUGCGUUUCUCUUGCAAAAAUGUGGAUAUAACCAUCUCAUGUCCACGAACAAGUUGGCAUCCUUAAGAUCCAUGUAUGGCCAGACAUCGUCCAACAACC